GUUUCUCUCCCUCAUCGCCGGUGUCGACCAGCUGUCGUCCAUUCGUUUUACUUCCCGCCAACAUGGCUCACCCAGCCAGCCAUUCAGUGGGCCAGAGUCCCUUCCCCAAUCCUUACGGCCAGCAGUUGCCAUACCCACAGCCAAUCAGGCAGGACUACGAUAUUGAUUCCCCCUCCGUCUCUCCGUAUACCAGUACAACCAGGCUGGCUGGUAACCAGCCUUAUUACGAGCAGAAUCACUACGGCGGCCGUGAUUCUGCUCCACCCUCAGAUGCUGGUCAUGGCCCUUCCUACGCUCCCUCCAUCAACUCUCAAGCUAGCCAGCCAUUCGGCUCACCCUUCAUCGACCCCGGCCAGGGCGCUCACCCAUACCCCGCUUGGUCUCCAGACCGUCAAAUACCUAUAUCCAUGGAAGAGAUUGAGGACAUUUUUCUAGACCUCACCCAGAAGUUCGGUUUUCAACGCGACUCAAUGCGUAAUAUGUUCGACUUUUUAAUGGCUUCCCUCGACUCUCGCGCAUCUCGUAUGAGUCCACACCAAGCUCUUCUGACUCUUCAUGCAGACUACAUCGGCGGUCAACACGCCAACUACCGCAAGUGGUAUUUCGCCGCUCAGCUCAACCUCGACGAUGCUGUGGGCCAGUCCCAGAAUCCCGGUUUGCAGCGGCUGAGGAGUGUCAGAGGGGGCACAGUUAAGACGGCUGGUUCCAAACAUCUUGACAGCGCCCUCAAUCGCUGGCGGAAUGCCAUGAACAAUAUGAGCCAAUACGAUCGCCUCCGCCAAAUUGCCCUUUACCUCCUUUGCUGGGGUGAAGCUGGCAACGUUCGUUUCGUACCCGAAUGUCUGUGUUUCAUCUUCAAAUGUGCCGACGAUUAUUAUCGUAGCCCCGAGUGCCAGAAUACGGUCGAACCGGUAGAAGAAGGCCUGUACCUUCGAAGCAUCAUUAAACCACUUUACAAGUUCAUGCGUGACCAAGGGUACGAGGUCGCCGACGGCAAGUUCGUCCGUCGCGAAAAGGACCACGACCAGAUCAUUGGUUAUGACGAUAUCAACCAGUUGUUCUGGUAUCCCGAAGGUCUGGCCCGUAUCGUCCUAGACAAUAACACUCGACUGGUCGACCUCGCGCCAGCCAAACGCUACUUGAGUCUCCGUCGCGUCGACUGGAAUAGAGUUUUCUUCAAGACUUAUUACGAGAAACGUUCCAUCGCUCAUCUGCUCGUUAAUUUCAAUCGUGUCUGGAUCCUGCACGUCGCCACCUACUGGUUUUACACUGCAUACAAUUCUCCCAAAGUUUACACGCCUGCCAAUAUGCAAUAUCCUACAGCUGCUAUGACAUGGACCGCCACGGCACUUGGCGGUGCAGUCUCUACUCUGAUCAUGAUCUUCGCCACGAUCGCGGAAUUUAUGUAUAUCCCUACCACUUGGAACAAUGCCUCUCAUUUGACAACACGAUUGGUCUUUCUUCUCGUAAUCCUCGCUCUUACAGGAGGGCCGACCGUCUACAUCGCCUGGGUCGGAAGUCAGCCAACGUCAGCCAAUUCCCAGAUACCACUUAUCGUUGGCAUUGUGCAGUUUUUUAUCUCCGUCGUUGCAACCAUCGCCUUCGGCUUAUUCCCUUCUGGUCGAAUGUUCGGUGAUCGCGUUGCAGGGAAGUCUCGCAAGUAUAUGGCGUCGCAAACAUUUACUGCAUCCUAUCCCGACCUCCCCCGCCCUGCUCGUACGGCGAGUAUCGUACUGUGGAUUCUUGUCUUUGGGUGCAAAUUUUCCGAGUCGUACUUCUUCCUUACCAGCUCAUUCAGUUCCCCUAUUGCCGUCAUGGCGCAAACGACCGUGCAGAAUUGCAAUGACAAGAUUUUCGGCAAAGCGCUCUGCUCUAACCAAGUCCCCUUUACACUUGCGAUUAUGUAUAUCAUGGAUCUCAUUCUCUUCUUCUUGGACACGUAUCUAUGGUACAUUAUUUGGGUCGUCGUUUUCUCUGUUGGGCGGUCUUUCGGUCUUGGACUGUCUAUCUGGACUCCGUGGAAGGACGUUUAUACUCGAAUGCCGAAACGUAUCUACGCCAAGCUGCUUGCCACUGGUGACAUGGAGGUGAAGUACAAGCCGAAGGUUCUUGUCUCCCAGAUCUGGAACGCGAUUAUCAUCUCCAUGUAUCGCGAGCACUUACUUUCCAUCGAUCAUGUGCAGCGCCUCCUGUACCAUCAAGUUGAUGGACCGGAUGGCAAGCGCGUUCUGCGCGCUCCACCAUUCUUCACUAACCAGAAUAUCACCAAGUAUAAGGGUGUUUUCUUCCCUGCAGAUGGUGAAGCCGAGCGGCGGAUAUCUUUCUUCGCUUCCUCCUUAACUACAGCUCUACCGGAACCUCUCCCAGUCGAUGCCAUGCCCACCUUUACCGUUCUCGUCCCUCACUAUUCAGAGAAGAUCUUGCUCAGUUUGCGGGAGAUCAUUCGUGAGGAGGACCAGAGCACGCGGGUGACCUUGCUAGAGUACCUGAAGCAGCUACACCCUAUCGAAUGGGAUAACUUUGUUAAAGAUACCAAGAUCUUGGCCGAGGAGACAGAUGCUAUGGACGGAACAUCAUCGGUGAACGAGAAACAGGGCAGCAAGACGGACGACUUGCCGUUCUAUUGCAUUGGGUUCAAGACAUCUUCCCCUGAGUACACACUCCGUACCCGUAUUUGGGCCUCGCUUCGCGCCCAGACUCUUUACCGUACUGUUUCUGGAAUGAUGAACUACGCCAAGGCCAUCAAGCUUUUAUAUCGUGUUGAAAACCCAGACAUCGUGUCUAUGUUUGGAGGUAACACGGAGAAGCUCGAGCGGGAAUUGGAAAGAAUGUCCAGGCGAAAGUUCAAGUUCGCAAUUUCAAUGCAACGCUACGCAAAGUUCAACAAGGAAGAACACGAGAACGCAGAAUUCUUGCUACGUGCAUAUCCCGACCUCCAGAUUGCGUAUCUCGAUGAAGAGGCAGGGCCUAAGGGCAGCGAUCCACGCUUGUUCUCUGUGCUGAUCGACGGUCACUCUGAUUUCGACGAGAAGACUGGGAAACGGAAGCCCAAGUUCCGCAUUGAACUCCCUGGCAACCCAAUCCUCGGCGACGGCAAAUCGGACAACCAGAACCACGCCAUUAUCUUCUAUCGGGGAGAGUACCUCCAACUCAUUGACGCCAACCAAGAUAACUAUUUGGAGGAGUGCCUGAAGAUUCGUAAUAUUUUGGGAGAGUUCGAAGAGUAUUCAGUUUCCGCUCAAAGUCCCUACGCUCAGUGGGGCCACAAGGAAUUCAAGAAGGCACCCGUAGCCAUCGUUGGGACACGCGAGUACAUCUUCUCGGAGAACAUUGGUGUCCUCGGAGAUGUCGCUGCUGGGAAGGAACAAACCUUUGGUACUAUGACUGCCCGGGCUUUGGCAUGGAUUGGUGGUAAACUGCACUACGGUCAUCCCGAUUUCCUGAACGCUAUUUUUAUGACCACUCGUGGUGGUGUUUCCAAGGCACAGAAAGGUCUUCAUCUGAAUGAGGAUAUCUUUGCCGGGAUGAAUGCGUUCGGUCGUGGCGGGCGCAUCAAGCAUUCUGAAUACUACCAAUGUGGCAAAGGCCGUGACCUUGGCUUCGGAACGAUCCUUAACUUCCAGACGAAGAUUGGCACUGGGAUGGGUGAGCAGAUGUUGAGCAGGGAAUACUAUUAUUUGGGCACACAACUCCCAAUUGACCGGUUCCUGACUUUCUACUACGGCCACCCGGGAUUCCAUAUCAACAACAUUCUCGUCAUCUACUCGAUCCAAGUCUUCAUGGUAACAUUGCUGUACAUUGGAACUCUUAACAAGCAGUUGGCAAUAUGUCAAGUAGAUUCUCAAGGAAACGUGCUGGGCGGCCAGCAAGCAACAGGGUGUUACAAUUUAGUCCCUGUCUUCGACUGGCUGAAACGUUGCAUUGUUUCCAUUUUCAUGGUGUUCUUCAUCGCAUUCUUGCCCCUUUUCCUCCAAGAACUCGUGGAACGUGGGACUGGAAAGGCACUGCUGCGUCUCGGCAAACACUUUCUCUCGUUGUCCCCGAUUUUUGAAGUGUUUUCGACCCAAAUCUAUUCGCAAGCCAUCCUUAGCAACUUGACCUUCGGUGGCGCGCGGUACAUUGCUACAGGUCGUGGCUUUGCAACAACCAGGCUCUCUUUCAGUAUUUUGUACUCGCGGUUCGCAGGGCCCAGUAUCUACAUGGGAAUGAGGAAUCUCCUGCUGCUCCUCUAUGCCUCCUUGGCGAUUUGGAUGCCCCACCUGAUUUACUUCUGGUUCUCCGUGUUAUCUCUAUGUAUUGCGCCUUUCGUCUUCAACCCCCAUCAGUUCUCCUUCUCGGACUUCAUCAUUGAUUACCGCGAAUUCCUGCGAUGGAUGUCCCGAGGAAAUUCAAGAACGAAAGCCAGUAGUUGGUAUGGGUACUGCCGAUUGUCCCGGACGAUGAUUACGGGUUAUAAGAAGAAAAAGCUCGGCCACCCGUCAGAGAAGCUGUCGGGUGAUGUUCCGCGGGCUCCCUGGCGUGCUGUCAUCUUCUCGGAGAUCGUCUGGCCGAUAUGCAUGGCUACGCUCUUCGUCGUAGCGUACAUGUUCGUCAAGUCGUUUCCAAACGCGAAUGGGGAUCCGAACCCCAGCGCUCUUAUCCGGAUUGGGGUUAUUGCCAUCGGUCCGAUGGUCUGGAAUGCUACUGUCCUACUUUCCCUAUUCUUCAUUUCACUGUUCUUGGGACCUAUAUUCGAGAAAUGGACAAAGUUUGCCUCCGUCGUAGCUGCUAUAGCUCACUUCCUUGCCUUGAUUGGAAUAAUUUCCUUCUUUGAAUUCUUUUGGUUCUUGGAGCUCUGGGAUGCUUCACAUGCUGUGCUCGGGGUUAUUGCCAUCGUGGCCAUCCAACGUGCUAUCAUGAAGAUCCUAAUCUCCGUCUUCCUCUCUAGAGAAUUCAAGCAUGAUGAGACCAAUCGUGCGUGGUGGUCAGGAAAAUGGUAUGGACGCGGGCUCGGCAAUUCUGCGAUGUCACAACCUGCUCGUGAAUUCAUCGUGAAGAUCGUGGAAAUGUCUCUGUGGAGCUCAGACUUCUUGCUCGGACAUAUUCUCCUUAUAAUUUUGACUGUCCCUGUGUUCAUUCCAUUCAUCGACAAGCUUCAUUCGACCAUGCUCUUCUGGCUGCGACCCUCCAAACAAAUCAGGGCACCAUUAUACUCUACCAAGCAAAAGAGGCAACGCCGAUGGAUUAUCGUUAAAUACAGUCUACUCUACAUAAUCGUAGUGUCGGGUCUGGCUGCGCUCAUAGUUCUACCGUCGGUGUACCGGCAACACAUCGUGAUCAACUGCACGAUAUGUCAGAGCAUCUAAUGGCACGUUCAUUGCAUACCCCUCUGCUCUUGGCCUUGCCUGCCACUCGUGCAGCGUUGGUUUUCUUUAGCAGCCCUCAGUAAAUCGCAUCUUAUUACUUCGCACUGGUGCCGUAGUCAUUGUCGUAUAUCCCGGUUACAAACUCGGUGUUCUUGAUGUAUCAUAGAAGGACAUAAUUGAGCUGAUUCUAGCUGAAGUUGGAACGUUGGAUUUGGAUUGCGCUAUGCACACACCAGAGGCGGAACUCUGGACUCCUGAGAAGUGAAGCUGCGACCGCGAAAACAGACGGUGCGGUCACGGCUGAGUCAGGAC